AUGGCUCCUAAAAGACGUGUGAAUACUCGUCAUAGUGGGACUAAUACCUCAGAUGACACUCCUCUCGAGGCUCUUGUUGCUAACGCCGUCAAUACAGCUAUUGCGGGUUUAGUUCCUAACUUAUUACAGCAGUUACAACAAAUGAAUCAUGGAGGUAACCAUAAUGGACCACCACCAGGAGGUAACCACAAUGGACCACCACCAGGAGGUAACCAUAACGGACCACCACCAGGAGUUGAGGCGGAAAACUGGAUCGCUCAUAUCGAGAAAUUGUUUGAAGUGUUGGGCGUUGAUGAUGUGUUCAAAGUCAGGCUUGCUACUUACAAAUUGGAGGAUGAUGCUCAUAGGUGGUGGAAGAUUUUGAAAAGUUCUCAUGGAGGAGAUAAUUACGCAGCUACACUCUCAUGGGAUGAGUUUUGCUCAUUGUUUUAUCAGCAGUAUUUCACUGAUGCUGAUCGUAGUGAAUAUCUGAGAGAGUAUUUAUCCAUCAUGCAGAGAAAUGAUGAGCCUAUCAUGGAAUUUAAGAACCGUUUCUGUCGCUUGGUUAGUUUUCUAGGCCCCGCCGCUGGCACGAUAGAGCUGCAGACAAACUCUUUCAAGUGGGCUAUAUGUGACCGGGAUAGGAAGUUUAUCCUGAAUCUUCGUUUCAAUGACAUUAAUGAGAUUGUUGACGCGGUUAAGAACUUGGAUAACGAUAAGAAGCAUCGUCAGAAGGCGUUUGAUGAUAACCGCAAACGCCCAAGGGAAAAUAAUCAGGAUCACUCUUCUUUUCGCGCUGGAAACGAUCAGUCCUUAGCACCCCGAGACCGUAAACAUUGUUCUGAUAAGAAUUUCAACAAUCAUUCACGAAAUGGGGGGAAUCGAAAUCAAAAUCAUAAGCCUGCACAGAACCAGACACAACAGAAUCAGGCCCCCAUUAGAGCACAACCACUGAAUCAACAAAACCCACAACCGAAUCGUGAUCCUCCUUGCGCCACUUGCGGGAAACCUCAAAAGGUAUUUGUCGCCGAGCUGAAGGCCUUAGUUUCAAAUGUGGAGAUGCAGGACACAUGA